AUGAUUCGUUUCAUGAAUUCUGCUCAACUCUUUCUUCUUCUCUGCCUUGUGAUCCUUUCGAUUGCCAGAAUCAAAGGACAAACUUACUCCUGUUCCCCUACAACUUAUGCCCAGAAAAGCAUGUUUCAGACAAAUGUGAAUCACUUACUUUCUUCCCUUUCCUCCAACACCAAUCAAAGUGAUGGAUUUUACAACACCACCGUCUCCGGGCAAGAAAACAACUCCAACGCCACCGUCUACGGCAUGUUCCAGUGCCUCGGCGAUGCCACCGUCCAGACCUGUCAAAAAUGUGUUUCCGACGGAAUCAAAGAUAUCCUUCAAAGAUGCCCCAACAAUACCGGAGCCAUCGGUUGGUACGACAAGUGCUGGUUACGUUACUCCGACCAGUAUUUCUUCUCCAAAACGGAAGAAAACCCGAUGUUAAUUCUUUAUAACACCGGCAAUGCAACAGACACGAUCAGCUUUAUGAAGCAGGUGGGUGAAACCUUGAGAGGGAUUGCAAAAGAGGCAUCGGAAGGCGGAAGCAAGAAAUUUGCGACAAAAACAGUAGACUAUGAUGUUUUUCAAACUCUGUAUACUAUGGCGCAGUGCACGCCGGAUAUAUCUGAGAUUGAUUGUCUCAACUGUCUCCGUAACAGUAUUAGCAAUUUGCCUAUUUGCUGUAAUGGAAAAGUAGGCGGAGUAACCCUCAAGCCCAGUUGCUAUUUAAGGUAUGAAACGUACGCCUUUUACCAGGAACCACCUCCCCCACCUGCGCGCCCGCCACCAGCUCCUUCGCCGGAAUCCACUUCCAAAGAUAAAAGCAGGAUUUCAGCUGGGAUAAUUAUUGCCAUAGCUGUUCCAACGGUGACAUUCAUAUUGCUCUGCUUCUUGUGCUUAAAAAGGAGGGCAAGGAAAGAUGCUUCAGUUCCUAAACAAAGUGUUGAUAUUUCAAGCGUAGAAUCCCUGCAAUUUGAUUUGGAUACCAUCAGAACAGCCACAAAUGACUUCUCUCCUGACAAUAAACUUGGUCAAGGAGGAUUUGGUGAGGUUUACAAGGGUGUCCUGCCUGGUGGACAAGAGUUAGCCGUAAAAAGACUAUCAAGCGGUUCAAAACAAGGUGUGGGAGAAUUUAAGAAUGAAGUUGCCACGAUGGCAAAACUUCAACAUAGGAAUCUUGUAAGGUUACUUGGAUUUUGUUUGGAUGAAGAAGAAAAGAUACUCGUAUACGAAUUUUUGCCCAACAGAAGCUUGGAUAAUUUUUUGUUCGACCCACUUUGUAGUGGUAAAUUGAAUUGGUCUAUGCGUUACAAGAUUAUUGAAGGCAUUACAAGAGGAAUGCUUUAUCUUCAUGAAGAUUCUCGACUAAAAAUCAUACAUCGUGAUCUCAAAGCCAGUAAUAUAUUGUUGGAUGAAGAUUUGAAUCCAAAAAUCUCUGAUUUUGGUAUGGCUAAAAUUUUUGGAGUUGAUCAAACACAAGCAAGCACAAGCAGAGUUGUCGGCACCUUUGGAUACAUGGCUCCAGAAUAUGUAACGCAUGGUCAUAUUUCAAUCAAAUCUGAUAUAUAUAGUUUUGGUGUCCUCAUUUUGGAGAUUAUUAGCGGCGAGAAGAAUACAUCUUUCUAUAUUUCAAGUUAUGCCGAAGACCUACUAAGCUUUGCCUGGAGGCUGUGGAGGGAAGGGAGGCCAUUGGAAUUGCUGGAUCCUAGUUUAAGAGACUCUUGUUCGAGAAACGAAGUUAUUAAAUGCAUCCAUAUGAGCUUGUUGUGUGUUCAGGAAAACCCGGCUCUCAGACCCACAAUGCAGUCUAUUAUGGUGAUGCUAAGCAGUCACUCCUUCACAUUGCCGGAUCCUCGGGAGCCUGCCCUUUUUGUUGGUCGCGAUCGAACAGAUUCAAACAAUCCAGCCAUUUAUGAAAAUAGUUUGGAUCAAUCUACAAGCAAGCAUGGUAUUUUACCAGGUGGACAAGAGUUAGCUGUGAAGAGAUUAUCAAGUAGUUCCAAACAAGGUGUACUAGAAUUUAAGAAUGAAGUAGUUACCAUGGCAAAGCUUCAACAUAGAAAUAUCGUCAGGAAGAAUACUUCUUUCUAUGCAUCAAAUUAUGCCGAAAACCUUCUAACCUAUGAAAAUCCAGCUCCAAGACCAGCGAUACAAUUUAUUAUGGUGAAUCAAGCAGGUUUUGAGAAUAGCUCGGAUCAAUCUACUGGCAAGUCUAUGCAACGAUCUGUGGAUGAAGAUCCAAUUUCUGACAUAAUCAAAGGACAACACGACUGUUCCCCUACAACUUAUGCCCAGAAAAGCACGUUUCAGACAAAUGUGAAUCACUUACUUUCUUCCCUUUCCUCCAACACCAAUCAAAGUGAUGGAUUUUACAACACCACCGUCGCCGGGCAAGAAAACAACCCCAACGCCACCGUUUACGGCAUGUUCCAGUGCCUCGGCGAUGUCACCGUCCAGACCUGUCAAAAAUGUGUUUCCGACGAAAUCAAAGAUAUCCUUCAGAAAUGCCCCAACAAUACUGGAGCCACCGGUUGGAACGACAAGUGCUGGUUACGUUACUCCGACCAGUAUUUCUUCUCCAAAACGGAAGAAAAGCCCAUGUUAGUUUAUUAUAACACCGGCAAUGCAACAGACACGACCAGCUUUAUGAAGCUGGUGGGUGAAACCUUGAGGGGGAUUGCGAAAGAGGCAUCGGAAGGCGGAAGCAAGAAAUUUGCGACAAAAACAGUAGACUAUGAUGUUUUUCAAACCCUGUAUACUAUGGCGCAGUGCACGCCGGAUAUAUCUGAGAUUGAUUGUCUCAACUGUCUCCGCAACAGUAUUAGCAAUUUGCCUAUUUGCUGUAAUGGAAAAGUAGGCGGAGUAACCCUCAAGCCCAGUUGCUAUUUAAGGUAUGAAACGUACGCCUUUUACCAGGAACCGCCCCCCCCACCUGCGCUUCCGCCACCAGCUCCUUCGCCGGAAUCCACUUCCAAAGCUGGGAUAAUUAUUGCCAUAGCCGUUUCAACGGUGACAUUCAUAUUGCUCUGCUUCUUGUGCUUAAAAAGGAGGGCAAGGAAAUAUGCUUCAGUUCCUAAACAAAGUGUUGAUAUUUCAAGCGUAGAAUCCCUGCAAUUUGAUUUGGAUACCAUCAGAACAGCCACAAAUGACUUCUCUCCUGACAAUAAACUUGGUCAAGGAGGAUUUGGUGAGGUUUACAAGGGUGUUCUACCUGGUGGACAAGAGUUAGCCGUAAAAAGACUAUCAAGCGGUUCAAAACAAGGUCUGGGAGAAUUUAAGAAUGAAGUUGUUAUGAUGGCAAAACUUCAACAUAGAAAUCUCGUAAGGUUACUUGGAUUUUGUUUGGAUGAAGAAGAAAAGAUACUCAUAUACGAGUUUUUGCCCAACAGAAGCUUGGAUAAUUUUUUGUUUGGACUUGAAGACCAGGAUAAAUUGAAUUGGUCAAGGCGUUACAAGAUUAUCGAAGGCAUUACAAGAGGGAUGCUUUAUCUUCAUGAAGAUUCUCGACUAAAAAUCAUACAUCGUGAUCUCAAAGCUAGUAAUGUAUUGUUGGAUGAAGAUUUGAAUCCAAAAAUCUCUGAUUUUGGUAUAGCUAAAAUUUUUGGAGUUGAUCAAACACAAGCAAGCACAAGCAGAGUUGUCGGCACCUUUGGAUACAUGGCUCCAGAAUAUGCAAUGCAUGGUCAUAUUUCAAUCAAAUCUGAUAUAUAUAGUUUUGGUGUCCUGAUUUUGGAAAUUAUUAGCGGCAAGAAGAAUACAUCUUUCUAUAUUUCAAGCUAUGCUGAAGACCUACUAAGCUAUGCCUGGAGGCUGUGGAGGGAAGGGAGGCCAUUGGAAUUGCUGGAUCCUAGUUUAAGAGACUCUUGUUCGAGAAAUGAAGUUAUUAAAUGCAUCCAUAUGAGCUUGUUAUGUAUUCAGGAAAACCCAGCUCUGAGACCUACAAUACAGUCUAUUAUGGUGAUGCUAAGCAGUCACUCCGUCACAUUGUCGGAUCCUCGGGAGCCAGCCUUUUUUGUUGGCCGCCAUAGAACAGAUUCAAACAAUCCAGCCAUUUAUGAAAAUAGUUCAGAUCAAUCUACCAGCAAGUCUGCGCAGCUGUCCGUGGAUAAAGAUCCGGUUACUGAUUUGUACCCUCGCUAG